ACCGCACUUCUAUGGGAUUAGUGGCCACAUGACAACACUGGGCUGGCCGCCUAGUGAGCCUUUCAUUUGGCUUCACUUGCAGCGGCGGUGGUGUGUGUGUGUGUGUGUGAGAGAGAGAGAGAGUGUGUGUGUGUGCUGUCCAACAGCUUACUGAGAGCUGGAGAUCUCCAAACUUCACUUCUGCGGACGUGUAAAUGAAGUCUGAACCGGACGGACUGGCAGCUCGAUGGCGGAGGACAUCAGCAGUUUAGCUGCAGAGGACUGUUCGCCCUGUUGUUCAGACGCUUUGAGUCCAGGAGACAAAGAGUAUGAUGACAUUCUGGAGCUCAAUCAGUUUGAUGGACUGCCUUAUUCCUCCAGGUUUUACAAACUGCUGAGAGAAAGGGAAGAGCUGCCAGUGUGGACAGCGAAGAGUGAUUUUAUGGACACUUUGGCCGAGGGACAGUUUGUUGUUGUCAGUGGCUCUGCUAAAACUGGGAGGAGUUCUCAAAUUCCCCAGUGGUGUGCCGAGUUCUGCCUGUCAGUCCACUUCCAGCACGGCACGGUGGUCUGCACGCAGAUCCACGCUCAGCAGGCGGUCGAUCUCACCUUGAGAGUGGCCGACGAGAUGGACGUCAACAUUGGCCACGAGGUCGGGUACAGCAUCCCCCUGGAAACGUGUGGCACCAGUGACACAGUCCUCAGGUACUGCACAGACGACAUGCUCCUCAGAGAGAUGAUGUCAGACCCUUUGCUGGAGCGCUACGGCGUUGUCGUCGUGGACCAGGCCCACCAGAGGACCGUGGCCACCGAUGUGCUCCAGGGUCUGCUGAAGGACGUCGCCCUGCAGAGGCCGGAGCUCCGCGUGGUCCUCCUCACAGCUGUUGAACCCGAGCCCAAACAGCUGGCACACUUCACCGGGUCAGCGGCGCCUCUGAUUCGCCUGCAGAGCCCGGCGGCAGGGGAGGUGGUGCACAGCAGCACAGGAGACGGCUACUUCUGCUCAGCUCUCCGCCUGGUGCUGGAGAUCCACCACUCUGAGGAGGGAGGAGACGUGGUUGUGUUCCUGGUGACGACGCAGGAGAUCGAUCUGGCCCAUGACAUCCUGUGUCAUGAGAGGCACAGCCUACCUCCUGGUCUGGGUGAGCUCCUGCCUGUAGCUGUGCACCCCGGCCAGCCUGGGAGUCUACCAGUCCUGGGGGAGGAGGAGGAGACGAGCCGGACCCGCAGAGUGUUCCUCACAUCGAGCCCGAACGAGGACUUCUUCUGGGCCGUCGGCUCGAUAAGCUUCGUCAUUGACGCCGGGCUGGAGAAGAGAUACGUUUACAACCCCAGGAUCAGAACUAACUCGGUCAUCAUUCAGCCGAUCAGCACAGGUCAAGCCAGGAGCCGCAGACAGCUGGCAGGUCCAACAGGUAAGUGUUUCUGUCUGUACCCUGAGGACCGGCAGCUUCCUGCGGACACACGGCCACACAUCGUGGAGUCCGACAUCACGUCCACUGUGCUCUUCCUGAGGAGGAUGGAGAUCGCCGGACUGCGUCACUGCGCCUUCAUGGACAGGCCAGAUCCUGAAGGUCUGAUGCAGGCUUUGGAGGAGCUGGACUACCUGGCAGCUUUGGAUAACGAUGGCAACCUGUCUGAGAUGGGCAUCAUCAUGUCUGAGUUCCCCCUGGAGCCCCAGAUGGCCAAAACUCUGCUCGCCUCCUGUGAGUUCGACUGUGUCAGCGAGGUGGUCAUCAUAGCCGCCAUGCUAACAGCACCAGCUUGCUUCACGGUUCCCUCCGUGGACCUGAGGCCGGAAGCGACGCAGUGCCACGUGAAGUUCCAGCACCCUGAGGGAGACCACUUCACACUAAUCAACAUCUACAAGGCCUUUAAACAGUGCCAGCAGGACCCACACUGUGAUGUGGAGAAGUGGUGUCAGGAUUUCUACCUGAGCCACGCCGCCCUGCUGAUGGCCGACGCUCUCCGCGCCGAGCUCACCGACACCCUGAAGAGGAUCGAGCUUCCCGUCUCGGUGCCCGCCUUCGGCUCCCGGAGCAACACCCUCAGCAUCAAGAGAGCCCUGCUGGCAGGUUUCUUCAUGCAGGUGGCGCGGGAUGUGGACGGAUCAGGGAACUACUUCAUUCUGACCCACAAGCACGUGGCACAGAUCCAUCCUCAGUCUGCCUACGGAGCCAAGAGCCCCAAGCUGGGCCUGCCAGAGUGGGUGCUGUACCAUGAGCACUCCUUCGCUGAGGACAACUGCCUCCGCACCGUGACCCCCAUAACUCCGGAGCAGUUCAUUCAGAUGGCGCCACAGUAUUUUUUCUUCAAUCUACCACCAAGUGAGAGCAAAGACUUGCUCCAAAACAUUUUGAACCAUGAAGCCUCUCAGUACCAAGAGGAGAAACCCCCAACCUCCCAAGAGGAGCCCCAGGAGGAGCAGACUAAUGACCGCUGUGUCCUGCAGUGACUGACUGGCCCACUGGGAACUGUGAUGGAGAGGAAAUCACCAGUAGGAGUUUUUUGCACAGAGGCACUUCGUCUGGAUAGUUGUAUUAUUGAUCACAUCAUUUCAUUUCCUGUCAUCUGUGCCUGUUAUCCCUUCUUUUUGUCACCAUUACUACGUCCUGUAUUUAUCUUUGAAUAGUUGUACAAAGUGCACUGUUGUUUGAAAUAAAAACAUGAAGUGAUCUUCUCUUGA